CGGGCAUUGAGACACGAAAAAAGAGGUUCACUGGCCUCCGGCGGUUUUCUUGUUUUAUCUCUUUUUUAUUUUCCCUCCCAGCGUUUUCCCAAAAAGAAAGAAAAAAGAGCUUAGCAAGCAAGAAAAAGGCUGUUUUAUUCUUCGUUUCUCUAAUUUUCUGUCUAUUGCAACCCCCCUUCAGAUCUCUUUGUUUUUUCGUCGCCCAUCCGGUCACCCCAGAGACACUAUCUCUUCUGUCAAACAAAAAGUCAUGGCUGCCGAACAACCCGCCGCUGCCGUCGUCGAGAAUAAAAACGACCAAGUUGUCCCCGCUGCCGUCGAGGAAGAAGUCCACAAGGUCUUUGUGGGUAACUUGUCGUUCAAAACAACCGAGGCCAAUCUCGCCAAAUUUUUUGAAGCCUCCGGUAAAGUUUUGGAAGCGAAUAUUAUCAAGAGAGGCUCGCGUUCCUUAGGUUACGGUUUCGUCUCUUUCCAAACCGAGGAGGAAACGCAGAAGGCUUCAAAGGAACUGAAUAAAAAGGAGUUGGAUGGCCGUGAAAUUAAUGUGGAAGCGGCUCGCCCAAAGCCCGAGGGUCAAACUGUCGCUGCUCCUCGUAAAUCUCGACGCCAACGUCGUAUGAGCGGCAAAAAAGGAAGACGCAAUGACGAGGCCGGCGAAGCAGACUCAACCGAGGUUACCGAGAAGGAGGUGACAACUGAAACGUCCAGCGGAUCUGAGCCAGUUGAUCAAGCCGCUCCGGGCUCUCCCAAAUCCAAGCGUCGUUCCCGCCGAAACAAGAAGAGCCGUGCGAAAAAGGCCGCCGCCGCCUCUGACCGCCCAAGCGAACCUUCCAAGACCAUGGUUUUUGUCGCCAAUUUGCCCUAUGCCACCACCAAUGAAGGAUUGUUGGAACUUUUCAAAGAUUUUGGGGUUCAAUCUGCUCACGUGGCCCGAAUGAACAAUGGACGUUCCAAAGGUUAUGGAUUUGUUGAACUACAAUCAGAAGAUGAGCAACAAAGGGCGUUGGUCAAGCUCAAGGAUGUGAAGCUGGACGGACGUGACAUUUAUUUGAAGGCGGCCGUUUCCAAACAACCACGAGAGGAAGAAGGAGAAAAGGAAUCAGAGUCGACCACUGCUGCCUCAGGUACAGACAAAGCAUCCGAACCGUCCGGUGACGCUUCCAAAACGGGAACAGAAAAGAAGCCCGUUGAAGAAACCAAAACUGAAGGCUCCAAGGACACCGCUUCCAGUGCCAAGUCAGAAUCCUCUGGCAAGCCAAAGGAAAAAUCAGAGGCCAAGCCCGAAACAAACUCUGAAGCCAAGCCUUCUGCCAAAUGACGAGAUGAAAUCAGGAACCAUCCGAUAUGCCCAAAAAACAAAUGACUUGUAAAAAGGCACCUCAAGUUCAAGCGGACAAUUAACAAAGCCAGUAUAAACUGCUGAGGGAUCAUUUGGUGAUGUGAGAGAGUCGGUGGCCGAACGAUGCCCAACAAAAUAAUACAUAAAAAGCCUAAAAAAAGGGGGAAAAUAAAAAUCACAAUGUUUUCGAUGUCAAGAUAUGCGCACGGUUGAUAAGAACGAUC